CGUGCAGGUAAGGGAGAGAGGAGGAGGAAAAUGUUAUAUUGCCUUAUUAGAAAUCUAAUGAGAUCUUUUGUAUAUUUAGUGGUGGUGACUGUCCUGAGUGAUCCAGAUGGAGCAUGCUCUGUAGCCCUGUGCUGAAGAGGUAUGUCUCAGUGAACUUUGGGGCUUCAUUAAACCGUAGCUAUAUCACUAAUAUGAUAAAAUCUCUUUAGGCAAAGACUCAGCUCCUCCAUCUCCCCUUUUAAGCCAGAGUAGAGCUUUUCAACUGUUGCAUUGCUUCUUAGCAGAGCCCCACAUGUACAAGGUAACUGAAACCAGUAUGGUAAGGUAGGAGGGUCAUGCCCUCUGAGGUAUGUUGUUGUCAGCUGAUGAGACUGACUUUUGUUAUGUUUUCUUUCCCCUUAUUGCAGAUUUAAGGCCAGACUGCUGCUUUGCCUGAGCCAGUUCGCCAAGGCGGUUGGCGAAUGUGUUACAGACUGUACAACUUACAUAAUCUGUAGAUGGUUGAAUAUUGUCUUCUUUAUAUUGGGUGUAGUGACCCUGAAUGUCUGUGAAUCUGAACCAACUGAAUCUCACUGUAUUUUCCGUCUUUUGUUUGAUUAGGCAGUGGGACGACCUGCGGGGAGUAGUCGUGGGAUAUGCACCCCUCCUUGCAUGCAGUGUGGUAUGUUUGAAGGGUAGUGGUCACGUCAUUGGUUUGUAGGUUUGACUUUCCUUGCAGUGCAAGUUGUAGUGUUUGUAGUGAUCAGUGUGCACACAAGGUGAUUUCUAUUGGGUGAUAAAGUCUCCCCGUGGUGAGUACCCUGUUCUGCCUAUCCCUCGCGAUCAUUUAAUCUUAUUGUAUUUUAUGUUAUGGUGAAGCCAUUUGCUAUUUAUAUACUGGUUGUUUCGACCAUUUUAGUAUUGUGGAAUAAACUAAUUUUGACUAGUUUUAUGGUUUCUCUCCUUUUUCAGGUCUGUUGCCAGUAUAAUUUAUUUUUAAUAAAUAUUAUUGGAGAGUUGAAUGCACGUCUCCCGCUUUUCUUGAACCCUUUAAAAAUUGUGUCAACGCUCAGAUGGUUGGUGUCUAGGGCUGGUAUAAUUCUAUUCUGGGUAUCGGUCCGCAUUGUAACCUGGGUGGGGUCACAAACUGGCGCUGUGAGUAGGGUCUUAGAGCCCAUAGACGUGCAUUCAAAUCAGUUGGUUCAGUGGAAUGAUUUUAAGUGUAUUGUUGGAUUGUAUUAAGUGGAUUGUAUUUUUCUUUCUCUUUUAAGGCAAAGCAGCAGCUGGCAAGCUUAUUGAAAGCUCUGUCCUGUCAAUAUUCAGUGGGCCUAACUUCAUUCCCAUGCCCCGUCUCCCUUAGUACAAGAUGGACUCCUUAAAUGUAUCUCGGUCACAGUCAGGCCCCUCUAGCCCCCAUGGGCAGUGUGACCCCAGCUCAGGGGAGGCCAUUGCUCGGGAAAGAUUAGUUUAUAUCCCUAGGGAAAGACCUUGUCCACUGUUCAGUGGCGUAGGUGAGAUUAAUAUCCGGACCUGGGUUGAGGAAGUACAAGCUAUCAUGCGUGCCCGUAGACUUGCUACUAUUGAUAAGGCCCAUUUUAUCUAUGAUCAUCUCAUUGGUGAUGCUCGUGAGGAGAUUAAGUACCGGCCGCAGCAAGUGAGGGGAGACCCUGACUGUAUUUUUGAGAUCCUUCUGGCUCAGUAUAGCUGUCCUAUGUCUUUCAUUGCAGUUAAAGAAGCCUUUUAUGCUAGAAAGCAACAGGAGGGUGAGUCACUAAGGGAGUUCUCACAUGCUCUGUUUUCUUUAAUGGACAAGAUGAUCCAGAGUUGUCCAGACAAACGCAUCCCUGAUGCCGCUAAAUUGCUGCGUGAUCAGUUUGUAGAGUGUGUAGGGGAUGGGAAUUUGAGCCGGGAGCUUAGGAGAAUGGCUCGUGAACAUCCUGACUGUGACCUUCAUGCUAUUAGGGAUGAAGCUAUUAGGUGGGAACGUGAGGGCAGAUCUGGGGAAGAACUAGGCCGACCCAGGAGUUAUUCUGUCCCCUCAGUUUAUAGCAUGCAGCAUGCCGGACAGGCUAGGGGUCAGAAAGAUACUGUAGGGUCAGAGCUGGCAGAGCUUAAGGAAAUGUUGAAGCAGCAACAGGCUCAAAUUGAUCAGCUUACACAAGGACUACGAUCAAACCACACUUCAGUCAAGCCCAGACCCUUUCAGAAGAGAGGGCCACUCAUCUGCAGACGGUGUCAAAAACCAGGACAUUUUGCCAAAGACUGUGAUAAUGAAAGGGUCGUUGCUUCUGAACUUAGGGGGUUCUACUCAGGGUUCAGUCAUCCAGCCCUCCCAGUUCCAGCAGUCGGAAAACUAGCGCCCUCUGUUAUGCUGAGCCACAUUUCAGAUGGGGGCAUUACUGGCUCCAAUGGGGAUAUUCUACCAAAUUCUGACCCCACACCCAACUUGGUAGGGUCCUGUCCAAAGGUCACCAUUAGUAUGGGGGGGGUGAAUAUUUCUUGCCUAUUAGACACUGGGUCUAUGGUCACCACUAUUACCGAGAGUUUCUUUGCCAAACAUUUUGAGACAGGGGGCCCAGAGAAGCUGAGGGCGUGCCACUGGUUACGGUUACGUGCAGCCAAUGGGCUAGAAAUCCCUUACAUUGGCUAUUUGGAACUUGAUUUUCAAGUCUUAGGCAAGCAGAUCCCCAGACGUGGUGUACUAGUCAUCAGAGAUACACCAGACGCCAGCCCCAAUCCAGAAGUGUGUGGAGUUCUUGGCAUGAAUGUAAUACGCGAGUGCUAUAGAGAGCUGUUUUUGGAACAUGGUCCUGCUCUUUUUGAUCUUCCCCCAGUCAAGCAGAACCCUUGGCAGAAGGUUUUGCAGUUCUGUCACCGAGUCCAACCCCAGCCCGAACCACAAGUCCAUGGCCCAGUCAGAGUUAAGGGCCGGCGAAAGAUUCAAAUCCCAGGCGGCACGAUGAAACUGGUGCCCACUACCUGCAGAAAGGCAUCUCCAGUUCAUACGGGAUCAGCCCUGUUUGAACCAUUGGAUUCAGGUUUGCCAAAUGGUCUCCUCGCUUCCCCAGCUCUGGUCAAAGUGCUCAAUGGUACGGCCUUCAUUCCUGUAACCAAUGUGGGGACUACAGACGUAAUUUUACCUCCUCGGAUUCAGAUUGGCACCCUCUGCCAAGCCGAAAUUGUCAGCCAACCAGAGAGCAUCAUUGAAACUAUGGAGGAGGGGUCAUCUGGUGAGCAGAUCGUUACCAUGGCAAUGCAGAGUGUGACGGACAACCCCCUGUCAUCUGCCAUUGAAACCCUUGAUUUGUCCACUCUUGCAGCUCAAGACCAGGAGAGGUGGAUGAGCACAUUCAACGACUGGGAGCUGUGUUGGAGACCUUGCGGGUGCAGAACCUAAAGGCUAAACUAGAGAAGUGUUGCUUCCUAAAAACGGAGGUAAAGUACCUUGGCCAUGUCAUCUCAAAAAGUGGUGUAGCAACUGACCCUGAUAAGAUCUCUGUAGUGGCAAAUUGGCAACCUCCAAAAACUGUCACCGAGCUGAGAUCAUUUCUCGGCUUUGCUAGCUAUUACCGCCGCUUUGUCCAAGGUUUUGCUUCACUGGCUGCACCUCUUCAUCGUCUAGUAGCCGAGAUGGGUGGCACCAAGACUAAAAAGCCAUCCAAACGCCCCCUCCAAGAAUCGUGGACUGAACAAUGUGAAACCAGCUUCCAAAAUCUGAAAGCCAGGUUGGUGGAUUCCCCUGUAUUGGCAUAUGCAAAUUUUUCACAUCCCUUCAUUCUGGAAAUUGAUGCCAGUCAUUUAGGCCUAGGUGCAGUGCUUUCACAACAGCAACAGGAUGGCACCGUGUGCCCCAUUGCAUAUGCUAGCAGAGGUUUAAAGCCUACUGAACGCAAUAUGUCAAACUACAGUUCUAUGAAACUUGAGUUCUUGGCCUUGAAAUGGGCUAUGGCCGAGAAGUUUAGAGAAUACCUCUUGGGUCAUAAAUGUGUUGUUUAUACCGAUAACAAUCCUCUAAGCCAUUUGUCCACAGCAAAACUGGGUGCAUUGGAACAACGCUGGGCUGCUCAACUUUCAUCAUUUGACUUUUCUAUUAAGUAUCGCCCAGGCCGCUCAAAUGGCAAUGCUGAUGCACUGUCGCGCCAGUACGAACAGUCAGAGUCAAUGGCACCAAUUGAGGCUGUGUUGCCAGGCACCUCUCUUCCUGACACCUUACUCCAGACCAAAGCCAUGCCCCAUCAGCAGGUAACUCAAUCCAUUGUCUCUGUUUUGCCAUCUUAUUCAUCUGCUGAUCUUGCGGCUUUACAGAGAGACGACCCUACCAUCGGUGUGUUCCUGAAAUUUUGGCACAGGGGGCAGGUCCAAACCGACAGGAACGGACAAAUCUACCUGCAACAGUACUGGAAAUGUUGCGUCAGUGGAAGAAGCUGGUGGAGUGGGAUGGUGUCCUCCAACGUCAGGUAUUUCGGCUGGAUGGUGGAGAGGCGACGCGCCAACUAGUGUUGCCACAAAGCUUAAAAACUGAAGUCUUGCAUCAGUUGCAUAAUGAUCAUGGCCACCAGGGGCUGGACAGAACCCUCGAAUUGGUGCGGCAGAGAUGCUAUUGGCCUGGCAUGCUGAAAGAAAUUCAGCAUUAUUGUCAACAGUGUGAACGUUGUGCCUUAGCCAAAGCAGUUUAUCCCAAACCAAAGACAACAAUGGGCCAUCUUCUGGCCUCCAGGCCUAACCAGAUUCUAGCCAUGGAUUUUACAUAUCUAGAGCCUUCUGCUGAUGGCCGGGAAAAUGUGUUGAUUCUAACUGAUGUGUUUUCUAAAUACACACAGGCCAUUGCUACCAGGGACCAAAAGUCAACCACUGUAGCCCGGGUACUGGUUCAUGAGUGGUUCUAUCGCUUCGGUGUCCCUGCUAGGAUCCAUUCAGAUCAAGGGAGGAGCUUUGAAGGGGCCGUGAUCCAACAACUGUGUCAACUGUAUGGUGUGGAAAAGACCCGCACUACUCCAUAUCACCCACAAGGUAAUGGACAGUGUGAACGCUUUAAUAGGACAUUGCAUGAUCUUUUGAGAACUUUGCCCCCCGAGCAGAAAAGUAAUUGGCCCACCUACCUGCAACAGCUUACAUUUGCCUACAACACCACUGUUCAUCAAUCUACGGGUGAACAGCCCUACUUUCUCAUGUUUGGAUUGGAGCCUCAGCUCCCAAUUGACUUCCUGCUGGGAAGAGUUGAAGAGCCAGUGCACGGCCCUGUCCACAGCUGGGUACAAGAUCACCAGAAACGCCUUAACGUUGCUUAUGAGGGAGCCAGGAAACGGAUGCAGAUAGCAGCACAUAAACGUGCAGAGCGGCAUGCUGCACCAGCCUCUGACCCACUGCAAUUACAUCAGCUGGUGUUUCUCAGAGACCAUAGCAGAAGAGGCAGAAAUAAAAUUCAAGACCACUGGAGCCCCACACCCUACCGUAUCCUCAAAGUCCCUGAUAAUGCUGGUCCAGUGUAUACAGUGGCACCCCUGGAUCAUCCGGAAAAGGUAAAACAUGUUAAUAGACAGUCCAUCAAACCAAUUCCCAGUAACCUUUGUGAAAACUUUAACAGGGAUGCAGAGAGGACCACUAACCCCA